AUGGCAUUGACAUUUACAACUAAGACACGUUCUAGAAAUCAGGAAUGGUCACGAGUACGGGCACAUACUCAGCGUGUGGAAAGUGACAUCACUUCACAACUUAGAAGUCUACAAGAAUUCACCAGGCAGGUCAAGCAGGCCGUAGAAAAGAAAAGGGAUGAGGAAAAAGCCAAAGAAAUUAUCAAGGAUCUGAAAGUAGACAACGACAUUGAUUAUGACAAGAAUGUUCAGGAUGAUGCUGAGAGUAUUUUCAAUGCCCUUAGCGAGGAAAAGGUUUGUACUAAGGAUUCUUCCAAACUUUCAUAUACGAAAGCUGAAGAAGAAGAAAAUGCUGAGCUUGAGGAAGAGUCGGAUCUUGAUUUGUUAUCGCUUUUUCCCAGUGUUCAUUCAUACACACAAUUACCUGUUUCAAUCACUGAGCAGCUAGAUGGUGAUACAUUGCAGUACAUUGCUUCUGAAGAGACGGCCAAUUGGAUACCCGUUAUAUCUAGGUUGGCUAGUAAUUCCAAUAGUUUAAGUAAUGCUACCUCAUAUGAUGCGCACAUAUUAUUGAAGAGUAUUCCUAAAGAACAAAGGCCUUUAAUUAUAGCUCAAUUUCAUAAGAUGGUCGCUGAAGCAGGACUACUCGACAAUAGAUAUAUUUAUAACGAUCUCAUGGCAAGUUACAAUCUGGUAAAUGUUAAAGAAAGCUUGCCAAUAAUAGAGAGAUUAUACAAAGAAAUGACUGAUGAGAAAGCCAUCAAGCCCGAUGCUUACACCAUGGGUAUCAUGAUUAACCUUUAUAGUCGAAGGUGCAAUGUGGACAAGACCAAAGAAUUUCUCGGAAAAAUAACUGACAUGGGCGAUCAUCCAACAUUUGCCAUAUAUACAUCUGUGCUUCAGAUGUAUGUGCGAAUGGGAGAGUAUCGAAAUGCCGUUGAUGUUUUUGACACAAUGAAGUUCUUGUCUUUGGAAACAUUUCCUACCUCCAGGACAUAUUCUUCGAUGAUUUUAUUGGAUACCCUAAACAACGAGAUUGAACAUGGUAUGGCGCUUUAUAAAGAAAUGAUUGAUAGAAACAUCAAAGUGGAACCCCAGGCUUUAUUAUCUUUGUCUAAAGGUUGCACUACAAGGAAAGGUCUGACCCCUCAAGGUUGGGCGUACAUCUUGGAGUAUUACGCAAAUGAUUAUCCAAUCUCUUACAAGCUUAUAGAAGUGAUGAUGAAUUUAGCUGCCAAAGACUCUGACUUAAGUCUUGUUAGGGCGCUUUAUCUCAGUAUUUUCGAGAAUAAUACGAAAACUAAUGGUGGGAAAAUUACACCGACAAACGCAACGGCAUUGAAGUACUUGUUCAAUGCAUAUUUCAGUUUUGACAAGGAUUCUCGUCCAGUCAGUGUGGUUGACGAAAGGGUCAUGGCUAUCAGGCUCAGAUCUUUGGAACUUAUGAAUUUUACUUUUCAUGAUGAGGCACCACCCAUGCUUCCUUUGAUUCAUCUCCCGGUUGAUGAUAACACAUUAAUGAUGAAAGAAAGCAAAGCUAUAUUUGAAUAUCACGUAUUGAAGUUUCCCGAGAUGAUCUCAGAACAAGUCCUUGAGGCAUAUUUGUUUGUCCUCGCAGUGAGAGGGGGUAGUAUAAGAGAAUUCGAAAAAGCAUGGAAUAAGUACACCUAUUUCAAGAAUGAGGAGGACACUGACUCGAAUGUGACUGUUGAAGGUCCAGAGCCAGUUGUCAAAAAUCAGCCCAACGAAAUUGGAUCGACCACUCCUGUGGAAGACUUAUUAGAAACUUCUCCGGUCACUUUGCCCCGUGAUGAUAGACUCUACAAUGCUUGUAUGCAUGCAGCAAGGCACUUCAAAGAUGUUAUUUUUGCUCAAAAGAUUUGGAUUGAAAGAGGAAGGUUUCGUAAGACUCAAAGCUUUCAGAGUUUAAAACCAUAUGUUCAGGAUCAGCAAGAUUUCAAGUUUGCUAGAGCCAUGCUUAGCUGCUUCGUGGAGACUGGAAAUGUGGUUGAUGCUUAUCAGUUAAUUUUGAGUUCGCAGAGCCGUUUUGUGUGGACAUAUUAUCAUCUCAAAAGUGUUCUAAUUUUAUGUGAAAAGAUGGGAUACGUCACUUUCAAGACAGAGUUGAUGAAAGUGAUAUCCAAAAGUAACAAGUUUCUACGGCGCCAAGAGAGACAUUCGUAA